AUGGAGAAUCGGGUUGACAUUCUGGAACAGAGGAUGAAUAACAUGGAGACGACGGUUGAACAGAUCCGUCAGGCGGUUUCUGAACUGCAAGCUCGUCCUCAGGUCACGUUGGAGCAGAUGAGACAGUUGCUGCAAGAGCAACCACGUCGUCAUCGUCGUCAUGGACGACCACAUGGUGAUGAGGAAGGGAGUGACGAUAGCGGUGUUUCGGGAGAAUCGCGACCACGACACCGACAUCAAAACGGUGGAAAUGGAUCGGGAUUUUUUGGAGGAAGGAGACGUUUGGAGAUUCCGGUGUUUAAAGGAGAGGAUGCGUAUGGGUGGCUGGUUCGAAUCGAACGAUACUUUCGUUUGAAUGGGGUACGUACCCAGGAUAAAGUUGAUGCAGUAAUUCUGGCCAUGGAAGACAAGGCCCUGAACUGGUUCCAAUGGUGGGAGGAGCAGACACUGUUACGAACUUGGGAGGAAUUCAAACAAGCAGUGAUUCGUCGUUUCCAACCAGGGUUGAUUCAAAACCCUUUAGGACCACUGCUAAGUUUAAGACAAAAGGGGACUGUGAUGGAGUAUAGAGAGAAGUUUGAGAUGAUGGUAGCACCCUUGCGUAGGGAGGAUAGGUUCAUGUUGAACUCCAUUUUUAUUAAUGGACUGAAGGAAGAAAUUCAAGCAGAACUAAAGCUACAUGAUAGUCAUGAUCUAGAUGCAGUAAUGGAUCGUGCACUGUUGAGUGAAGAAGAGGAGAUUGAGGAGGUAGACGAGGAACAGAAGGUGGAUGAGAGUGAGAUAACUGAAUUGAAAACCUUGAAAUUAUCCCUACAAAGUAAGGAAGGAUUCACUUCCAACAAGUCCUUCAAGGUGUGGGUACAGAUUGGUGACAGACAAGUGCUGACCCUCAUUGAUUCUGGAGCAACAAGCAACUUCAUAACUACCAAGCUGGUUGAGGAAUUAGGGUUGAACGUGGUGAACACUCCCACUUAUGUGAUUGAAGUCGGGAAUGGUGAAAAGGUGAGAAAUCAAGGAGUAUGCGAAGGCCUAAAAUUCAAAUUACAAGAUGUUGAAUUCAGUCAACAUUUUUUUAUAAUGGAUUUAGGAGGGUCUGAAAUGGUGUUGGGGAUGGAUUGGUUGGCGAGCUUGGGAAAUAUUGAAGCUAAUUUUGGAAAUUUGUGCUUGAAAUGGAUGAAGGAUGGUCAGAAGCACUUAAUUCAAGGUGACCCUACUAUGUGUAAUAGGCAGGCUUCUUGGAAAGCUAUGAUAAAAGCUAUGUCCAACGAUGGAGUGGGAUUCUAUGUGCAUACUGUGGCUGGUAACAGUGGUGAAGGUUCAGAUGCUGAGAAAUUAGCUGAAUGGGACAACAUCAUUGCAGAAUUUCACGAUGUGUUCAACAUGCCAUCAGGUUUGCCUCCUAUCAGAGAUUAUGACCAUGCUAUUCAGUUAAAACCUGAUGCUGCCAUUCCUAAUUUAAGACCCUAUAGAUAUCCUUUCUAUCAAAAAAAUGAGAUUGAAAAGAUAGUAAAGGAUAUGAUGCAAGCAGGGAUAGUGAGACACAGUACAAGCCCUUUUUCAAGCCCAGUUUUGCUUGUUAAAAAGAAGGAUGGAGGGUGGAGAUUUUGUACUGAUUACAGGGCUUUAAAUAAGGUGACUAUUCCAAACAAAUUUCCUAUUCCUAUUAUUGAAGAGUUGCUGGAUGAACUGGGGGGAGCUGUAAUUUUCUCAAAAUUAGAUUUAAAAUCAGGCUAUCAUCAAAUCAGAAUGAGGGAGGAAGACAUAGCUAAAACUGCCUUUCGGACUCAUGAAGGUCACUAUGAGUAUUUGGUCAUGCCUUUUGGCUUAACCAAUGCUCCUUCAACCUUUCAGGCCUUAAUGAAUGAAGUAUUGAGACCCUAUUUGAGGAAAUUUUGUCUAGUGUUUUUUGAUGACAUACUUAUUUACAGUAAGAGUAAGGAAGAUCAUCAGACUCACUUGAGGGAAAUUCUGUUGGUUUUAAGAAAACACCAGCUGUUUGCUAACAAAAAGAAAUAG